AUGGCAAUAUCAUUGUUGUCCUUCUCUCCACUAUCGCUGCUGCUGCUGCUGCUUCUUGCUUUCGCCGGCAUCUCAGAAGCUGCUGUUGUGACCUAUGAUUUCAACAUCACUUGGGUCAGAGCCAAUCCUGAUGGCUUGUUCGAGAGACCAACCAUUGGGAUCAACGGGAAAUGGCCCUUGCCCGUGAUGACGGGGACGGUUGGCGACCAGGUCAUCGUCAAUGUCGACAAUCAACUGGGGAACCAGUCCACCACUCUCCAUUUCCACGGUCUGUUCAUGAAUGGCUCGACCGAGAUGGACGGCCCGGUUCAGGUGUCUCAGUGUGGGAUCCCCCCCGGCUCUCAAUUCACCUACAAAUUCAAUCUCACUCAAGCAGGCACUUACUGGUAUCACUCCCACGACAAAGGGCAGUACCCAGAUGGUCUGAGAGCGCCAUUCAUCAUCAGUGAUCCUGAUUUUCCAUAUGAAUAUGACGAGCAAUUCGUCCUAUCCGUCUCUGACUGGUAUCACGAGGAGAUGCAGGUUGUGAUCCCAAAAUUCAUCAACAAGGCAAACCCCACAGGCGCUGAGCCUGUCCCUCAAUCAGUGCUGUUCAAUGAUACGCAGAAUCUGACGGUGCCUAUCCAACCCGGAAAGACAUACCUAUUCCAGGUUGUCAACAUCGGUGCUUUUGCCGGCCAAUAUAUUUGGUUUGAGGGCCAUAACAUGACCAUAGUUGAGGUCGAUGGCGUCUACACUGAAAAGGCGGAGGCAGAGAUGAUAUACGUCGCUGCUGCCCAACGCUGUAGCUUUCUGAUCACGACUAAGAAUGAAACGACAGCCAACUAUGCCUUCGUUUCGAGCAUGGAUACUGAUCUGUUUGAUAAGAUUCCUCCUGGCCUGAAUUGGAACGUCACCGGGUGGCUGGUCUACGACGAUAAGAAGCCGCUACCAGCUCCAGCACUCAUCGAUGAAUAUAAUGACUUCGAUGACUUCACCCUCGUAGCAUAUGAUAAGAUGCCUCUGCUCCCAGAACCCGACAGAGUGGUCACUCUCGAUGUGGUCAUGGGUGUGCUUGGGAAUGGCAAGCCAUACGCCUUCUUCCAGAACAUAACCUAUGUUCCCCCUAAGGUUCCAACAUUGUAUACUGUGAUGACUACUGGAGAGGACGCCGCGAAUCCUCUUGUCUAUGGGGAAUUCUCCCAUUCCUUUGUUCUCGAAAAGGAUCAAACCAUAGACAUUGUUGUGAACAAUAAUGACACCGGAAAGCAUCCAUUUCAUCUUCACGGCCACAAUUUCCAGGCUAUCGCACGAUCUGCUGAAAAUGCCGGUAACUUCGUGUCAACGAAUACCUCUCAGACAAACUUCCCAGAAAUCCCAAUGCGGAGAGACACCUUCGUCUUAUAUCCCCAGGGCUACAUUGUCCUACGAUUUAAGGCUGAUAAUCCGGGUGUCUGGCUUUUCCACUGCCACAUCGAGUGGCACGUAGAUCAGGGUCUGAUUGCCACCAUGGUUGAGGCGCCUUUGGAGAUCCAGAAGAUGGUGACCCUCCCUCAAGAUCAUAUCGAUGCUUGCGUAGCUGGAAACACCCCGUAUGCCGGCAAUGCUGCCGCGAACACCGUUAACCACUUAGACCUGAGGGGUGCCACCGUGGCCCCGAAACCAUUGCCCGGUGGUUUCACAGCUCGUGGUAUCGUCGCACUUACCUUCAGCUGUAUUUCCGCAAUUCUUGGUAUGGCUGUUAUCGUGUGGUACGGCAUGGUAGAUAUGGGAGAAGCGAGCAAGCAGUCCGAGAUACGCCGCAUUGCAAAGAUGAAUCGCGAGGAGGCAGCGGCAGCAGCAGCGGCAGCGGCAGCGACGGAGAUUAACGAGACGGGAAAAACAGAUUAG